AUGGCGGACCAGGCCGAAGAGCGCCUGACCAAAAAAGUCGCUCAGCUCACCAAGGUCAUCGUCCAUCUCAAUGCAAAGAACGAGGAGCAUGAACACGAAAAGCGGAACAUUGUUGAUGCUUAUGAAUCGGAAAUCACCGCUUUGCUCGAGGAUGCCCGAGAUCGUGUCAGUCGUCUUCAGGAGCGUCUCGGCAACACCAUAUCUUUGGCUGAGCACGAACGUCGUUUAGGGGAGCUGCGUGCUGAGUGCGACGUGCAACGCAAGAACGACCAAGAGCGCUUUGAUGCGCACUGCGAAGAGCUCAACGGGCAAAUCAGCGCCAGCAAUGCCAAGGUUGUAGAUCUUGAGCAACGGAUCCAUGCUCUCGAGCAAGAUGCUCACAAUCUGACUUCAGAGGUUGAUGCCCUCAACGCUCGCACGCUACAAGACCGUGGGGAGCUCGAAACACAACACGGCGAAGCUCUCGAGGCCCUUCAACGUGACCAUGCCGCCGCUUUGGCUCAACAAGAGGCCUUGCUAGCGCAAGAGAAGCAACGCAGCGAAACACGCAUUCAACAGCUUUCACAGGAGCUCGAGGGGGCACGGCGAGAUACGAUAGAGCAGCUAGAGGCAGCUGCCCGAGAUCACGAAGUCCAGUUGGCAGCACGCAUCAGCGACAGCCAGGCCGCGCUGGAAAAGACUCAGGCCGAGCUGUCCGCGACGCAGCAGCAAAUGACCGACUUACGCGCCCAGGCCGCGCAACUGACCGAGGCACAAGCCGCACUCCAAAAGGCUCAAAGCGAGAGUCAGCGCUUUCGCCACGAGCUCAAAACCUGUGCCGAGGUUGAUGAGCAACGUCGAGGUGAGAUUGCCCAGUUGCAAGCGCGAAACCAAGAGUUGGAGAGCACCGUCAAAUCCUCCUCCACAGCCCAGGCCGAGGAUCUGGAGGAGCUUCGCAAAGCCGUGCAAGAAAAGGACGCGCGCCUUGCCGAGCUUACGCGCACAGUAGCCGAUCUGGAUGCGUAUGCGAAACGAGCCGAGCGCUCGCUGGAGGAAAAUGCCAAAGAAUUGUUGGCGCUGCGCAAGCAGUUGGCCGAGUCCAAUGCACGCCUGCAGGCCGCCGAGUCUGCUGACAGCGAGCGACAGAAUGCUCAGAACACCGUGCAAGCUGAGCUCGAUCAAGCCAGGACUGAGCUAGCGGCGGCUACGAACGAGCACAAAGAUGCCUUGAGCAUGCUAAAGAAGGAGCACCGCGAUGCGAUGGCGCGAUUGGAAAGCAAACACGCACAGGCUGCUGUAGAAUGGGAGCAGCGCAUGGCCAACACGCAAGAGCAACUCCAGAUGAAGAUUCAGGUCAUUGGUAAUCUCGAGGCGCAAGCCCUGGCCGAAGGCAAGACGCACGUGCAGGAACUCGCGUUGCUGCAAGAAAAGAUUGAUGCGUUGCAUGCCGAUACGGAUGUUGCUCAGCGAGCUGAGCAAGAGCGUGAUCGUUCGCAAGCCGAGUUGAGUGCGAUGGCAGCAGAGCUGGCCAAGACGCAAGGUCAAAAACAGCGUUUGCAGACGCAGUUAGAGCAGAUACAACAGGAGCUCAAGGCGCAGGCCGCCAAGUUUGAAGAGACGCUCAACAAUGUGCGCGUGCCAUACGAACAACAAUGGUUUGGCUCAUUGGUCUUCCAAUUCUUACUCAUGUACUUGUGCAUGGUGGCACAGGAGCGUGGCCGAGCCAGCAAAGGCAACGAGACGCUGCGUCAGGAAUGGGAAGAACGCUUGGCAAAGGUGCGCAGUGAGCAUGCGUCCGAACUUGCAGCAUUGGAGACGCGUCUUCGUGCAGCGCACGAGCAAGACUUGGCAGCCGUCGAAAGCCAAUGGCGGGCUCGAUUGCGCGAGGCUGAGGUCAGUUUGUGUACGGUUGCUACAGUCAAUGAUCCUGGCGCCAAGGUUCAGAUGACACUGGACGAGUACAAGCACCGAACACGCCUAGCCACUCAGCAGGCACAAAGUGACCGCUCGGCCAUGGAUGCAGAUAUGUCGGCGCUGCGGGAACAAUACCGAGCUGAGUUGACUGAGGUGCGCAGGGUGUGCAAGCGUGACAUGGAGGAUGCGGUGGCUCAAGCUCGCGAGGAGGGCGAGCGGCGCUACGCCUCACUUGAGCAAGAGCACCGCGACCGGAUUCGUGUCAUCAAAGCUACCCAUCAGUCUGAGCUCGAACAACUGCAGCGAAGCCAUGCAGCCUAUGCAGAUCGCCUAACUGCAGGGGCGGCGGGCGAAGUAGAGAAAGCUGUUCUCUCCGCACGGGAGCAACAUGCUGCGGCGCUUCGCGAGCUGGAGCAGCGGUUACAAGAACGGCAUAAUCGAGAGCUCCAGCAUCUCAAAGGUGAUUUGGAGAUGCAGUACGGGCGCGACUUGGCGCGUGCGACGCUUCAGCACGACGAGAAAGUGACCAAGCUUGAGUCCACCUGCGAAUUGCUGCGCAUGCAGGUGGCUGAUUUGGAUGCUCAACUGCGGAUUGCUGAAACCGAAACUCAUGCGCGGGAAGAAACAAUCCAUGGCAUGGAGCAGCGCAUCGUCAUGCUGGAGCAAGAUCACCGCGAGCGAAUGGCGCUGCUUGAGCAAGACAUGGACAAGCAAGCGCAGGAACACGAUCAGCAAUUGCGAAACGCCGAGCUGGCUGGGCGGAGCAAGCUGCAAGAGUUUUUAGAGCAGUAUCGACAGGAAUUCACACAGGCUGGUCUCGAGGCCCAGCGGGUUCAGGGGCAGCUCCAGGCUCGUGUCAAGCAGCAAGAGGAAGUCCUCAACCGGCUCAAGGGCGAGUACGAAGCGCGGCCCCCGCGACCCCAAGACGUGGAACGAAUAACUGAACUUGAACAUCAGCUUGCUGAUGCGUCGCGACGUCUCGAGAAAGCCUUGGGGGAGAGUGAGCGCCUGGGCUUGGAGGUAGUCAACCAGGACCAGACGUUGCGAGUGCUCUUCAAAAAGGGAGCCAGCUCUGCGUCCAAUGCGCCGCCAUCAAGCAGCAAGGCCAAUUCCACCUCGGGGGCGACGCGGCUCCCUCCAGUGGCAGCCAGGGUGUGUGAGUGUGUGUCCAAUCUUGGCUUCCGGGAGGAUUUUCGGCUAAAAAUAGAAGACAGUGGCUGCACGAAUAAGGCUGGAUCUGUGCACAGCUCUGGCGGUUGCCUCCGCGUUUGCGGCGAGUUGUCAAGCGCGGAUAGAGUCAUCAGUCGCAGCACCAUGGCAGCGCCGUCGCAUCAUGAUCAGGUGGUCGAUGCCGCGCCUGAGGCCCUGCCACAAAGCAUCGACUUUGGUAUACCCGCUGAGUUUGAAACCAUCGGCCUACCCCAGCCCACCUACACGACACCCGUGGCCCCACCGUCCCCCAACGAUCCUUUUCAGCCACAGGACCUUCCAUUGGCGAGCUUACGACAGCCCGCCACAACACCACCAAACCCGGUUGCGCCGCCCACCGCCAUCGUCGUCCAACCUGCGGCUAUGGCUAUGCCUGGUUUGGAUCCCACCGAAGAUUCCACUUCACCCGAAUUUCAGGUGGUGGAUCUUUCUGCCGAGACCCCCAUCAGCGCCAACUCCUCCGAGCUGGCGCUUGCUGAUGGGCCACACAUCUCCGAACUUGACAAGUCACAGUCCUACCGUGAUGCCAUGGCUAGCUCGCACGGGUCAAGGGACAGCCGACGUCCUGCGCAUCAUCACGCCAAGUGCCAUUCAGCUUGCGAUCGGCACCUUCUGGGCAAGGAUUUUGAGCACGGCAUCUGUGGCGGAUUGACGUGCACGGCCUGUUGCAUGUGCCUAUGCUGCUUUCCUUGCUUUUACGCCAGCACGGCCGAGCUGGUGUACGGGGCUGAGACUCGCUCUUCACGUCGCUCGCUCCUCGACAUUUGCUGCUUUGGCUGGCUCAAUACCCCGUGUCUCCGCGCCGACCUUCGAAAAAAACUUGGUUAUCCCAUGCGGCCCCUCAGCGAUCUGUUGACGGUUGCUUUCUGCCUGCCCUGCGCUACCUUUCAAAUGUUUCAAGAAGCCGGCGGCAACUUUGAUUGCUGGCAAGAUGGCAAUGACUGCACGGCGGCAACUGCUGCAGCUCUUGCGCGCCGCGCUGCAGCGCCGAUUGUGGCCAUCAUGGGUGUGGCCUGGGCUGCGGCGAGCAAGCUUGUCUUGAAUGCCCCUGUCACAGCUGUCGCACGGAGAGUUGUGGCAACAUGGGCCAAGAAUGCGAUAACUGUCUCACGGGGCUUGCUCCAAUGA